AUGGUGAGAGCCGAGGUGUAUAUGCCGAUUCUCGGCCACGUUCGCGACCACAUCAUCGCCAACUCGGUCAUUGUGUUCCUUGUGCUGGUCAUUGUCACGCUGCGCGUCAUUGGGCGGUCAAUGGGACCGGGCCUGGGAUGGGACGAUGUCUUUGUUUUGAUCGCGACGCCUCUUGGCGUGGGCAUGCUCGUAUGCCAAGGACUUUUCGCUCCCGUGGGCAACGGGUACUCUUUGCCAGAGCACCCAGACUUGGCCUUGAACGUCCCCUUCAUCCUGCAGUUGACGUUUGGCAUGCAGAUAGGCUACACCCUGCUUCUAGCCGCCACCAAGGCGAGCAUGCUGUUCUUCUACCUCCGGGUCUUUGUCCAUCCCUGGGUCCAGCGAUCCUCCCAGAUCCUACUUGGGGUGAUCGCCCUGUGGACGAUUGCCUUUCUGUGUGCCUGCAUCUUCCUCUGCAAGCCCAUCUCGGCCCAAUGGACCGGUGCCGGUACCUGCGGCGAGUACAUGCCCAUGAUCAAGUCGCUGAUCGGCACGAAUGCGUUGGGCGACGUGGUGAUCAUGCUGUUGCCCAUGCACAGCGUGUGGAACCUCAAGAUGCGCAAGACGGACAAGCUCGGUAUUACGGCCAGUUUCAGUCUGGGUAUCGCCUGCGUCGUCUGCGCCGUCUUCCGUCUCAUCUACCUCUCGACCGUGGAUCUUGCGAACAACGUCACCGGCACCAUGCCCCCGACCGUCUUGCUCUUCACGCUCGAGCCGAACCUCGCCAUCCUCUGCAUCAGCAUCCCCAUGCUUCGACCCUUUUACGUGCUCUACAGGAAGCACAUGGGCGGUUCCCGGCUCAAGGAGUCGGAGGACAGGACAAGCGGCUUUCGGGGCCACGCCAACGAGAUGAGCGGCAGCGGGAACAUGGGCUCGAGGCCGCGCGGCAACGACGGCUGGGAGAUGGGCAACUACUACCCGCGCGGCAAGGGGGUGCACCGCAAUUCCGUGUCGGCUGUCGACCAUGAUGGAUCCGACUCGGAGAAGAACCUGACGGCCAGCACGAGCCCGCCCAAGAACACGGGCGACAUCUUUGUCAAGACGGAUUGGAUGGUGGGCUUCGCGCCCGCGCAGAUCCCCGACCAUCCGAGCAGCAUGCUCGACGUGCCCCGUGCCUCCAACAACUACGGCCGGCCUCUCACCUCGAUUCUCCCCCAGCCCACAGACAUUGGCCAGCUGCGCAGCCAGACGCAGUACAACCUGCGCGAAUACCAGGCCCUGCAGCGCCGGCGGAUCCACCACGAUGGCAACGCGAGCACCACCAGCCUCGACCUCGACAGCAAGUUGCGCACGCAGCAGGGCAUGGUGCUCGCGAGUCUGCGUCAGCUGCAGGACGAGGUCAAGAUCAAGGUGAAGGAAGCCGAGAACCACCGAUGGCGAAAGUGGUUACUCGGAGGAGCCAUUGCCUCCUUUGUCCCCCUUGUGCGCAAGAUCUUCCGACGGGGCUCGGAUCCCGAGUCGGACAGCGCCGCCAAUGACACCGAGUACGCCUUCAAGCGGUCCCAAGGGCUGGUGUCCUACCUCAAAACCAGCGUCCUGGGCAAAGGCGGGUUCGCGAGCAUGGCCUUCUUCGUCUUCGCCGUGCUGUACGUAUUCCAGAAUGAAGUCUCGCUGCGGGUGGCCAAGACCGUCCAGAAGCGGGUGCGCAAGUUGACCGCGCGGAUCGAGCGUGGCGACCCCGACAUUGACGACAGGGACUUUAAGCUCCUGGAGGGCUGGCGCUGGCGAGUCCUUUUAUGCCUCAACAGUCAGAAUGCCACUCCGAGCAUUCCACCAAGCCCCAACCCGCACCAAGACUUGAUCGCCAUCUGCGCACCGGGCCAGGAAUUGAUCACGCAUCGCAUCCCCCGUGCCACUCUCGCCGGUGCCCUUCCGGGUGUCAUAGGCCAUAUCCAGGACAACACUCUCUGGGCCGUCGACGCGCUCGACCUUGAGGUGCUCCAGCUCGACCGCAGGGAGGACAGGAUCCGUCAGAGAAAGUUCUACACGGCGUGCCGCCAGAUCUUGGAUUUCCUCACGGACAGGUUCACUUGUGGGAUUAGCAACACUCGCCUCACCUGCGAGCUGCACGAGCGCUUGGCAGGGGGCGGCUCGAAUGAGAGCAAGUUGGCCGAUUGCGUGGAGAUGAUUCAGAUGCAAACGCGCGUCUUGACUUCUCGCGCUGGGCUCCUCGGGUCGAAUUGGAUAUGCGGAGAGCUACGCGGCGAGAUUGCUGAUUUUGACGAGUAUCUUACCCUGAAUUUGAGUCCUUCGCAAGGCUCGAUUCUGGCGAAAUGCAUGGCAGACCUGCUGGACUAA